AUGAAUAUUUCUACAGAGAACUUCACCACACCUGCAGCAUCCACAAACUCCACAACUGAUAUUAGCCUAUUGAACAGUCUGGAAAUGUGUAUGUUCGGCAUCUGCUUCCUUUCUGGUCUUCCUACACACUCCUAUAUUAUAUGGCUCAUUGUCACAGGAACGGGCAGUGGAGUUGCAUCAGAGUUCUUCUUUCUCAAUCUCUCUGUUUGUGAGAUUGGUAACUGUAUCAAUGCGGUGUUUGGUCUACUGUCAUACUUUUCUUCACUUUUUAAUAUAUUAACAAAUUUUGUGCAAGGACUCUGCAUCACUGGUCGUCCCCUGUUUCAGUGUCUGAUGUGUGUUGAGCGUUACCUGGCAGUGGUUCAUCCUGUAACCUUUCUGAAGUUCAAACCUCUCAGAUAUAGAGUGAUCUGCUGCACUAUUGCCUGGAUAAUCACUCUAGGUUCUUGUUUAUUCUGCAUCUUUAUUUUAGUCUCAGUCAACAGAGAUGCAUUUGUAUGGUUUUUCUCAACAAUGUUCCUCCUCUACUUCUCCAUCCAGUUGUUUUGUCUUGUGGCUGUUCUCAGAGCUCUGAAGCAGUCAGGACCAGGAGAGAGAAGGAGAGAGAGAGAGGAUGAAAACCGCAUGAAGAGAAGAGCAUUUUUUCUUAUUCUGAUAACAACAGUGACUAUGAGUAUCCAAAAUGUCCCAUUUACUAUCACAGGAUUAUAUGUCAUUCUAACUAAACAGGAUGUCGAUGACUAUUGGUUGCCUGCUUUUAUUUGUUAUGUGUUGACUGGUUUUUUACAGCCUUUUCUUUAUUUGCAACGAACUGGAAAGCUGUUCCGCCUCUGUUCAUCAUAAAACAUGGUGCUUUAUUUAGCAUUAAAGGUAGGGUAGGACAUUUUUUUUUAUACACAAUUUUUGUUACUGUAGUUGAAACUCUCUUCACAUCCUGAUAACAAUCAAUCAUAGAAGUGGUCUAACUCAUAGGUGAGGUUUUGGGGGUGUGGGGAUUGCAAAAUAUUUGUUUGAGUAUUUAAUGAGGAAAAAAUAGGAAUUCAAAAAUGUUAAACAUUUUGAGAUGGAACGGUUCACUUUGUAACUUUAACGGACAUCGUAUUUGAUUUUACGAAUGCGCUCAGACUGGGAUGGGAUUCAAUAUGGAGCCACUCAAAGCAAAGAAUCAAUUGGAGGAUCCUACAAUUAAUCUUCUUGCUUUUUCCAAUGACGAUUAUUUAAAUGUCAUGUUGAAAUGAAGUGGACUGUGUUUAUAUUAUUAUCCAGUGUCAUUUACAGCCACCGUUGGAUUGUUGGUUGAUAUUGAAAAGAAUGCUGUUCAAGUUUAGAGCUGCGUUUUAAAUCACUGUAUGUGCUGUUUGUGAAUUUUGGAUCCUGUUUUUUUUUUUUUAAA